GCUCGCGGGGAGACCGGCAGCGCGCUUCUGUUUGGUCUCUUGACAAGGGGGCGGGACUUCCGCAGAAAGCAAGAUUGGGCCUAUCCGCGAUGAGAACGGCGUGGAGGCGCAAUUAAGGCUGGAACUGGAGAGGGAGGGGUCUGCGGUCAGUCGGUCGCGGCGCUGGAAAUCCGGCGGAGGACCUAGAAGUAGCGGGAGCGAUCUGUGGGCGGGGCGAACGGCCUGCCGGCCGACGGCUCCCACAUCAGGACGAGAAGGAGCCCUCGAGUUACCGUGGGAGCUGUGGGAGCUGCCCUGUGACUCUUAGGAAGAUGCCGUACCUUGGCUCCGAGGACGUGGUGAAGGAGCUGAAGAAGGCUCUGUGCAAUCCUCACAUUCAAGCUGAUAGGCUGCGCUACCGGAAUGUCAUCCAGCGAGUGAUUAGGAUGCCUGGUGUGCAGGAGUAUAUACAACAGCCUAUUCUCAAUGGUCUGCGGGAUAAGGCUUCAUAUGUCAGGAGAGUGGCAGUCCUUGGAUGUGCCAAGAUGCAUAAUCUUCAUGGAGACUCUGAAGUAGAUGGUGCCCUGGUAAAUGAAUUAUACAGUUUGCUGCGUGACCAGGAUCCAAUUGUAGUUGUGAACUGCUUGAGGUCUCUAGAGGAAAUUCUGAAACAGGAAGGAGGCGUUGUCAUCAAUAAGCCCAUUGCUCACCAUCUCUUAAAUCGAAUGUCAAAACUGGACCAAUGGGGCCAGGCUGAAGUAUUGAACUUUCUGCUACGCUACCAACCCCGCAGUGAGGAAGAACUAUUUGACAUUCUCAAUCUGUUGGAUAGUUUCCUCAAGAGCAGUAGCCCAGGUGUGGUGAUGGGAGCUACCAAACUUUUUCUGAUCUUGGCAAAAAAGUUUCCCCACGUACAAACUGAUGUCCUUGUGCGGGUCAAGGGACCUUUGCUAGCUGCCUGUUCUUCAGAGAGCCGUGAGCUCUGUUUUGUUGCUCUUUGUCAUGUACGCCAGAUCUUGCAUAGUUUACCAGGUCACUUUAGUAGCCACUACAAAAAGUUUUUUUGCUCCUACUCGGAGCCCCACUACAUCAAACUACAGAAAGUGGAGGUGCUGUGUGAGCUGGUGAACGAUGAGAAUGUGCAGCAGGUGCUAGAGGAGCUUCGAGGGUACUGCACGGAUGUGUCUGCGGACUUUGCACAGGCUGCCAUCUUUGCCAUAGGUGGCAUUGCCAGGACUUACACAGAUCAAUGUGUUCAGAUUUUAACAGAGUUGCUGGGUCUUCGACAAGAGCACAUUACCACAGUGGUGGUGCAGACUUUCCGAGACCUGGUUUGGUUGUGUCCUCAGUGUACUGAAGCUGUGUGUCAGGCCCUGCCCGGCUGUGAAGAGAACAUUCAAGAUAGUGAGGGGAAGCAAGCACUUAUUUGGCUACUUGGUGUCCAUGGGGAAAGAAUUCCUAAUGCUCCUUAUGUGUUAGAGGACUUUGUUGAGAAUGUGAAGUCGGAAACAUUUCCAGCUGUUAAGAUGGAGCUGCUCACUGCUUUGCUGCGCCUUUUCCUCUCCCGACCUGCUGAGUGCCAGGACAUGCUAGGACGUUUGUUGUAUUACUGCAUAGAGGAAGAAAAAGAUAUGGCUGUACGGGACCGAGGUCUCUUCUAUUAUCGCCUCCUCUUAGUUGGCAUUGAUGAAGUUAAGCGGAUUCUGUGUAGCCCUAAAUCUGACCCUACUCUUGGACUUUUGGAGGAUCCGGCAGAAAGACCUGUGAAUAGCUGGGCCUCAGACUUCAACACACUGGUGCCAGUGUAUGGCAAAGCCCACUGGGCAACUAUCUCUAAAUGCCAGGGGGCAGAGCGUUGUGGCCCAGAGCUUCCUAAAACUUCAUCCUUUGCCGCAUCAGGACCCUUGAUUCCUGAAGAGAACAAGGAGAGGGUACAAGAACUCCCUGAUUCUGGAGCCCUCAUGCUAGUCCCCAAUCGCCAGCUUACUGCUGAUUAUUUUGAGAAAACUUGGCUUAGCCUUAAAGUUGCUCAUCAGCAAGUGUUGCCUUGGCGGGGAGAAUUCCAUCCUGACACCCUCCAGAUGGCUCUUCAAGUAGUGAACAUCCAGACCAUCGCAAUGAGUAGGGCUGGGUCUCGGCCAUGGAAAGCAUACCUCAGUGCUCAGGAUGAUACUGGCUGUCUGUUCUUAACAGAACUGCUAUUGGAGCCUGGAAACUCAGAAAUGCAGAUCUCUGUGAAACAAAAUGAAGCAAGAACGGAGACGCUGAAUAGUUUUAUUUCUGUAUUAGAAACUGUGAUUGGAACAAUUGAAGAAAUAAAAUCAUAACAGAGUCUUA